AUGGCGCAGAAGAUGAAGGAAUCGCCGGUUGAUGGGGAGCAGCCAUCCACCGACAACACAAAGUCGAAUCAACCGGGAUCACCGAAAAGCCGCCUCGCCAUGCUCAAACGUUCUUCGGCCAAGAAAGCAAGCACGAAUCAGGAUCCUUUCCGGUUUCAAGGCCAAGGCGUGCAAUUCAAAGGGAAAUUGAUUGGAAUUCGCGAUGUCGAAGGUGCUCGUGGUGAUGCGAUGUGUGCUGAGGCAAUGAGACAAGCCAAGGCAGCAGUGAAAGCGGCCGGAUCACAUAAGCAAAGAAUCAUGCUUUUCAUCAACAUCGAUGGGAUCAAGAUCGUUGACGAGAAGAGCCAAGCCACCCUCUACAACUUCCCCGUUUCACGAAUUUCUUUCAUCGCCAGAGACACAACGGAUGCUCGCGCUUUUGGAUUUGUUUAUGGAGAAUCGGCUGGAAACUACAAAUUCUAUGGGAUCAAGACGGCACAAACGGCUGAUCAUGCGGUUCUAUCGAUUCGCGACAUGUUCCAAAUUGUUUUCGAGAUGAAAAAAAAGCAAAUCGAACAAGUGAAGAAGAAUGCAGAGGGAACAGACGGCGGGGCUUCUCAGGAGGGUGUUCGAUCAGAAGAUGGAGUGCUUGUGGCUGACUUACUGGAUUUGGAAACUGAAGUGCAUAACAUCGAACAAGGACUCAGCCAACUCGCGAACAUUCCUGUCGUGGCUGGUGACGAAUGGCCUGGAGAGCAUCCACCUAACAGUGCAUUUGCUGAUCCAUUUGGAGCCCCACAAUUCGGAGGGGUUCAUGCUGCCAAUAACACUCCUCACACUCCACAAUCCGUCAACAACACAAGGGCUGAUCCGUUUGGCGAUAGUUUCAACUCAUCUACUCAGACUCAACACUUCUCUAUGGGCUCAUCGAUGCCAAUGCCAAUUCAUCAGCAGCCCUCUGUUUUCCAUACUCCAUACAUUUCUCCUGUGCAACCUCAUUUGUUUCAACAACCCAUAAUCCAACAACACUGGACGGGCCAACAAGCUCAAGCGCCACAACAUCCUUCAAAUGCUGGAUUUUCGAUGAACCGCACCGCUCCACUUCCAAGCAUGGCCGGCAAUUUCCAAGUUCCAGCUCCAACUAUGCAUUGGACGAACGAGAACACCGCUCCGAAUGGCACUCAGAUUCACCACGCUAACACUUUUGCCAACUUUGAAAGUGUGAAUAACACUGACGCUUCGCGUAAGCUUUCUACCGAAUGGGAUGCUCCACGAAAAGUUACAUCGCUUGAAGAUGCUUUCACUAAACUCGUCGACAUGAAUUCGCUGGUCGGUCGUCCAAAUGAGGCCAAGAAAAAUCCAUUUGAUCAUAUUAUCAAUCCGCCAAAGGUGCCUUUGAACGCGUUGGGUGUCGCUCCUCCACUCCCGUCUCGCCCCGUCGUGGCUGCAGGUGCAUUCCCUGCUUCAAGUGCUGACCCAUUCUCUGAUGCAUUCUUCCGC